CUGCUGUGUCUGUGCAGCCAGUAGGUCACCGACACACGCGGCUCCUGGCCGCGGCUCAGCUGUGCAGGCCUGUUCUGCUCCUGCCCCGUGCCGACGUCCUUCUGCUGCCGCUCGCUGAGACCGGGGCCAUGUGGGCCCUGCUGGUGCUCCUGUGCCUGAUGCCACCGGGCUCCUCGGCCCCUGGGGCCCUGGCUGAGGUGCGUCAGACCCCGCUGCCUGCCGGAACCAGGGCCAGGGCCCAGGGAGCUCUGCCGAAGGCCCCUCUGACGGUGUCGGAGCUGCCGGCCCGGGGCGCGGACCCCCUGCUCUCCCUCAACCUGGGCCUGAACUUCAAGAUCAAGGUGAAGAGCCAGGGCAGCUUCCGGCCGGCAGGUCCCAGCGCCGAGCCGGCCCUCGCAGACCUGCCCCCGGCCGACACGCCGGACCCGAUCUCCUCCGCCAAUUUCCUGCCGCCCGGCGAGGCCCUGUCCGGCUCCUCCUCCACGCCCGGCUCGGGGUGGCUAGUGACCGGCUCUGCGGACGAACCGUCGCCGGACGCUUCCCACAGCCCCGGGAGCUGGGGCGAGACCGUCGCAGACUGGGACGGCUCCCCGGUUCCCCAGUUCCGCAGCAGCCCCGGGGGCCGCCCGCCGAGCACCACCCCCUUCGAGUCGGAGUUCCUGGAGCCGGUGCCCACGGCCCAGCUCGCCUCGUUCCGGCCCGUGCUGGGCUCCCAGCCCGACGUGAUGCUGCCAGCUGCCAGGCAGCCCACCCCCGCCAGCUCCCCCCGGGGGCGCAGCCAGGGCCUGGAGUUCCAGAUCAACAUCGACCUGACGGCUGGGCUGGACCAGGAGGUGGGCGCGUCCCCCACCCACGUCCUGCCUGCCAGGGGGGGCAAGGGCCCGGGCACCAGGUGGAAGUACCCACUGCUCCCCAACCUGAAGGCAGGGAUCUCGGAGAUCGCCAGCAAGCUGGGCACCUCCAGUUUCUUUGGCCCUACGCUGCCCCCAGACUGGCACCAGGAGAGGAGGGGGCAACAGGAGAGGAACAGCACAGGUGGCGUCUGGGACCAGCCCCAAGACACCAGCCCCUCCCCACCUCGUGCCACGGAGCCAGGCCGGCACGGCCCCUCUCCGGGCAGCGAGGGGGCGCUGGCCGCCUGGCCCAGGUGCACGCCGGAGAAGCCAGAGGAGUGCGGCUCCCCCAGCCCUGAGCCCGAGGCCCCGCCGGUGCCACGCCUGCUGCCCUCCCCGCCCCUCUUCGUCACGCUGCACGCCGACUGGAACACGGCCAUGGCCGACUGGGGCCUGGCCUGGGAAGCCCACGUCUACGGGGCCGGCUCCCUCUUCAGCCUGCUGGCCCUGCUCUCCCUGCUGAGCCUGGCCUGCCUCCCCUUCCGCUGCCCGGCUGGCUGCACCUUCCUGGCCGCCCUCGACCUGCUGCUGCUGCUGGCCGGCGCCGCCCGGGCCUUCCUGCUCUUCUACGACGCCUACGGGCAGCAGGAGCGGCUGCCGGCCGUCGCCUCGCUGCUACUGCACGACCUGCCCUUCCCCUGCCUCUCCUCCGCGCUGGCCGUCGCCUUCCUGCUGCUUUCCGCCCGCUCCCGCGUCAAGCUCUCGCGCGCCCGCUUCCGGCACCCUGGCUGCCUGGCCGCCCUGGUGCUGCUGCACUUCUUCGUGGCCGUGGGCGCCGUCCUGGCCGCGGACCUGCUGCGCCAGUUCCCCUUCCUGCUGCUGGUCUCGCGGGGGACCUUCGCCUUGCUGGCCGCCCUCCUCUCCCUCGCCUUCCUCGCCUUUUACUGCCUGGGGCGGGCGGACGCCACGCAGAUCUACAACCUCCAGAGCUCCACGCCGCCCACCGAGCACCUCAGCCGCUGCCCCUUCGCCGACGCUGGCGACUGGAGCCGGGCCGCGCGCACCACCUUGCUGGCCGCCUGCUUCGCCCUGCUGAGCGCUGCCUUGCAGGCCUACGCCAUCCUGCACGCCCUGGGCUACGGCCUGCCGCCGGGCUUCUUCGGGCCCUGGCCCUGGUGGUCGCUGCAGCUGGGCUGCCGGCUCUGCGAGGUGGGCACCGGGCUGCCCCUGGCCCUGGUGGGCCUGUACCCCGUGUUCUGCUCCCACGAGCCCCCCUGCGUGCACUGCUGGGGCGCGCUCUUCCGCGGCCCCGUGAAGGCCCCCGUCCUGCCCAACAACUUCCAGUGGGCCGUGGCGCAGCACGAGAAGCUGGUGAUGUGUGACACCAUCGCCCGCAGCGACUCCGAGUUCCUGCCGCUCUACGCCCUGGCCGGGAGCCGCCUGAGUGCGGACGGGGCCGCGGGCUACUGCGGCGCCCACAGUCCGGGGGCCGCCAGGGCCUCGGAGACGCGCCUCAAGGGCGGCUACGGCUCGAAGACCUCCUCCGUCAUCAGCAUGGCCAUGGACGGUGACCCCACCGACGACUUCCGGCCCCCGUCGCCCAUCAACCUGCGGCGCAGCAUUGACGAGGCCCUCUUCAGCGAGGCCCUCAUCCCCGCCAGCCUCUUCCAGCCCACCGGCGCCCUAGCCAGGUCCAGCACCCUGGCACUCAGCCUCCAGAGCCCCGGCCUGCAGGAGUGCGAGGGGCUCGGGGAGACGCCGGCCAGCCGCGGCCUGUACCGGACUUCCUCCUGCGUGGAGCUGGAGGCGGCCCUGCCCCAGGGAGGGGAUGGGGAGGCGUCCCCGGAGGCCGGCGCGCCUGACACCCCCCUCUGCUCCCCGGGCAGGUGGAGGGAAAGCAGCCGCUGCUCCAGCUCCCCCUACGGACUCUCCCUGGACGGCUCCUCCCUGGUCCUGUGUCCCAGCCCGGAGCAAACCACCCACGCGUCUUCCUUUGCGUACGAGCCGAAGCUGCCCCGGGGCCCGGGCGAGAGCAGCCCCUGCCGGUCCCCCCCGCCGCCCGGGGGGCCGUACCUGCCCCUGGCCCAGGCCUCCCAGGAGUCCUUGGACUCUCUGGCCCCGCAGCCACCGGCGGGCGAGGCGGCUGUGCUGCAGGAGGAGUUCAUGGACGUGUGCCGGCAGAUCGACGCGCUCAGCGUCAGCAGCGACACCAUCGACCUGUAGGGAGAGGGGCCGCCCCGGCCCCGCUGCUGCCACCUUCCCAGUGGGCCCGGCCUCGCAGGAGGAGCCAGGGCGACCCUGAAACCCACAUCUCCCCCCAUGGUGCUAGGCGGGACGGGCCCUUCCCGCCCCUGGAGGGGGGUCCCCUCUGGUCAGAGCCAAUGCAUGGCCCAUGCACUCCAGCCAAGGGUGCUCACCCCACACCCACGUCCCAGGGGUCCAGG